GUUCAGAUGUACAGAGGGCUCAUUUAAUAACAUACUACGAUUAGAUGCAAUGACAAAGUAUUAGUGCGAGUGUGUCAGGUGGCGUAGUCUGAUCGAGGGCCAACCUCAUCCGUAAGGAGACGAACGUUUCUCAUGCGGUGAUCAAGCAUAUGUUCAUUAUCGUAUUGGUCUCAUCAGUAAGCUUGCGUGUCCCUGGUUCGGAAGCAAGGAACCGGCUACAAUUUUGUGAAUUACAUUUCAGCGUUGAUAUAUCGCGAAUCAUUGGUCCCAGCGAUCGUUGAUAGAUAUGGACGGGGAAGUUGCCGAAAGUGGUGAAGAUGUAAAAGUUGAUCUAGCAGGGAUUCAGGAACAAGAAAUAGAAGCGGACGAAGGAGAUGAAGAUGCAGCUUAUUUUGUGGACGAAACUGGGCAGUAUUACCGGAUCGAUUCCUCGACUGCUGCUCUUUUAGAGGGAAAUCAGAGCGAGCUUGAAGAAUCUAUUCAGCUUGCUGACGGUACGCAGGCGUCAAUUCUCAAGGGACUCGAUGAAAGUACAGCUACAGGCGCAAAUAAUAGUAAUGCCAGUGGCGAUAGUUCCGAAGAAGCCACGGCCGACGAUUCUCGAGAAGCUGGGAAUGAUGAUGACAUGAACUAUGUUUUGAUCAUGGAUCCAUCAAGCAAUAAGUCCGCGGCAACGUCGCGAUCACCCGUUCGCAGAAGCGCUCGAGCAGCCCGACCAUCAGUCAAAAAGCAGGAAUCUUCCAACUUGGGAGUUUAUGAUUUCGAUGAAGCCGAAGCGGAAGACGCGGUCCCUGGGAUGGAUGAUGCCGACGAUGUCGAAGACGGGGAAGAGGAAGAUUCCAAAGCACCGGUCAAAAUGGAUCGACGAUCGGCGCAAAAUGUUUCCCAGCAUCACACAUGCAACUUCUGUAGUUACACGACAUCUAAAAGAUAUUGUGAAGCUGCGUUUACAACAAGUGGAGAGCUCAUAAGACACAUACGCUAUCGGCAUACGCUUGAAAAGCCUCAUCAAUGUACCGAAUGUGAUUAUUCCUCCGUGGAAUUGUCGAAGCUAAAGCGUCACAUGAGAGCUCACACUGGGGAGCGACCAUAUCAGUGUCCUCAUUGCACGUACGCGAGUCCGGAUACUUUUAAGCUGAAGCGUCAUUUGAGGAUCCACACGGGAGAAAAAAUUUUACCUCCACGCACUGAAAAGAAAGCCAAUCAAUGCUAA